GGAAGAGGAAGGGGUGGUGUGUGCUUCACCAAUCCAUGAUCGUGUUCUUCUGUCUGGAGCAAAAGGGCAAAGAGGUCCAAAGUGCAGUUUUGCAGCCUGCCGCGGUUUCUCAGAGUAUUUUAUCCACCUUGUGGGUGUAAAACAUGGCUGAAAGCAUGAUGCUGUACUGGGGCUCGGGAUCUCCUCCAUGCUGGAGAGUCCUGAUCGCUCUGGAGGAGAAGAACCUGCAGGGGUUUCAACACAAACUGCUCUCUUUCGAUAAAGGAGAGCACAAGAGUGAGGAGGUGAUGAAGCUGAACCCGAGAGGACAGCUUCCAACCUUUAAACAUGGAGAUGUGGUGGUGAAUGAAUCCUUCGCUGCCUGCUUGUAUCUGGAGAAUCAGUUUAAGUCUCAGGGCACUCAGCUGAUUCCGGAUGAUGUGAAGGAGCAGGCGCUCGUGUUGCAGCGUGCGUUUGAGGCCCUCGCACUGCAGCAGAAAAUGUAUGAUUCUCUGUUCUACGAUUACUUCGUCCCUGAACCUGAGAGACAAGAAUCAGCACUGAAGAGACACAUGGAGAACCUGAAGACUGAAGUCACACUGUGGGAGGGUUACCUACAGAAGAUGGGUAAAGGAUCGUUCUUGGCUGGAAGAAACUUCUCUAUGGCUGAUGUCAUUUUCUUCCCAAUUGUUGCUUUCCUCCCAGACUAUGGGCUGAGUAAGGAGCGCUAUCCCAACCUGAUGGAGUAUUACGAGAUGCUGAAGGAGCGUCCGAGCAUUAAAGCCUCAUGGCCUCCUCACUGGGCGGACAAGGCUACAGCAGGGGACACACUCAAAGACCUGUGAGGACACAGCGAAGGGAUUUGGAACAGAGCCGCUCACUACCAGCUGUACUACUGUUCUACAAAUAAAGGCUUCUACUCUAAUCUUCUAAUGUAACGCCAA